CAGAUUUUUCUUCUUAGGACGAGCGUUUCGAGAUUUAGGUAGAUAGUGUAGUCACUAGCUAGGUGUAAUGUUAUCAUAUCUUAAUCGUAGAAUAUAUUGAGUUUACUGUGGGUUUUGAACGCAUGGAUGAGAUCUGAUACCACUUCUUGCCUAUAGCUUUGCUGAGACAAGGCAUACUGUUGUUUAGCUGUCUCAUUAACAAGGCAGAUUGUGUUGAUGUUUUGAAACUUGAGCGAACUUGAGUGGUGACUUACAGCAAUGGAAAAAGUGAGAAAAAUCUUAGUGCAUCUAUCGAAGGAAAAUUCCGCACCCCAAUGUGCCCGCUUCAUACAGAGUAUAACAGGACAUUUCGCGGGUUGCCAAGACGAUCAGGCGAAAGUUUGCUGUUCUCUCGAAAACAAUCGCUUCCUCUUGUUCGGGCAGGAGAACGGCAGAGGGAGGACGGUAGUACCACUCCAGAGGGCGCCUUUCUGCCCAUUCAAGUACUUGUCAAACACAGAAGCUUCUACGCUCCCGUUAGACAUCAAGAACCGUGGUGUGGAUGUGGGUGUAGCAGUUCUGCUGCAGUCAACCAAUCAGAAGGUGCUGCUGACCCGGAGAGCGGCGAACCUGAGAAUUUUUCCCAAUGUGUGGGUCCCACCUGGUGGCCACGUGGAGCUGGAUGAAAGGCUGCUUGAUGCAGGGCUCAGAGAGCUGUGGGAGGAAACGGGUCUGAAACUGGCCCCAGAGGAGGUUUCAUCUCAGCUGCUUGGGCUCUGGGAGUCAGUGUACCCUCCCAUGCUAUCAAGAGGGCUGCCACAGAGGCAUCACAUUGUCACUUACAUCCUUCUACACACCUCCCUCACACACCUACAGCUUCAGGCUGCUUUGCGCCCUCAGCCUGCAGAGGUCAGUGGCUGUGUGUGGGUGGAUGCUGAUUUGGUCAAAGCCAUUGUGUCUGCAGUAGAUGGAGAAGAGCAUUCUGUGAGCCUGCCAGAAAACCUGCCACAGACUGUGAGUGUGUAUGAGGUGUCCCCGGAAGGAGGACUCAAUAAAUCGGUUCUGCCUGUGUCCGUUCUGUGCAACCGGGCUCCAGCAGAGGGGGAAGAUGUGGAACGAGUAAGCACCGGUACCAAGUUCGCCCUGGAGCUGUGGCUGAAAACUUUGGAGGUGCAGUCGCAAGUCAGCAGCAAGUGAUAGCGACACUUGCAUGACGAUCUCCUGACUCUCUGAGUCAGCUUGGAUUCAGGUGAAUUCAGGUCCACCCAUACACUGUAGCACACUGUGACUUUGGGAGCGCAUCAGCUGCGAUGGACAGAUUUAUGUGAUUAACAUAUGAGUAACUCUAACAACCUGCUACAGAAUGAAAGAAAUCUGUAACAACCAGCUACAGAUUUUCAGAUCCUAGACGGGAAUGUCGCAUUCAAUCACCUUGAAUUGAUUUACAGAUUAAGAAAUGAAUCAUUCAGGAAUUUAAGCUAUUUAAGUUCGAAAGCCAUUUAAGAUGUCAGUUAACUUUGACUAGUGAUGCACAACUGAAAAUGCUUUUUACCUCGGUGUAUGUGUGCACCUAUGAGCCACAAGGGGGCAGAGUGAUCAGGGAUUAAAUGGAAAGGCAAAUGUCAAACAAGACAGUUGUUUAAAUCAGACUAGAAUAUAAUGCCAUGUGUUAUAUGUUGAAAUACAUUUUUGUAAUGUUUACAUUAUUUCUUCCAUGCUCUUCUCAGAAUAUCCUGGGUGCGAGGAUGAAUGUCUGUUCUUAUGCACUGCAUUUUGUUCAUGUGAAGAAACAAGCCUAAAACAAAUUAUAACUCAGGCUGACUCAUUUUUGCUAAUUUUCUGAGUUAAUGACAGGUAUUAACUGAUUCCAUGCCUUGAUUCCAUGUUCUGUGCCUUCACAGAUUUAUUGAUACAUUUUACAUUGAUUUCACCCAAUUUACAUAUAUAUAUGCGCUUCUCCACUUGGCUGAAAAAUGAUGAUUUUUUUGAAGGAAUUCAUUUCUGAUUAGUCAUUUAAAACAAUCUUUGUUGAUAUUUAUUUUGUGCCAUCUGAGUAGAGAUAUUCCUAUAGAUAGAUUUUGGUGAAGUAGUGGUGAUGUUGGUAUAGUAACCACCUUAAGAACCAAAGUAACUAAAAGCAUGUUUACCCAAUAUCAGGAUCUCAGUUGUGUGUGCUUUGUGAGAAGGUGAUUUGUGUGGCGGUUAUUAAAAACCUUCAGAAUGUUAAUGGUAUUUAGAGUGUCUCUACUGGAGUUUACAUUUUUCUCUUGCAGCCAUCAAAAGUCUGCCCCACUCCAUCAGUUCCAUUAAUCUGAGCAUGUAAAACCAAGUGGCUAUUGCAUUUGUUGAUACAAGUAGCUAUUAUGCAUUUUCAACAGUGUAUUGUGUUAGUUUUGAAAGAAGUUGGAGAGGAUUGAAUUCCUAAAUGUGUUAUCAUUGAUCCAUCUUAAAACAAUUACGCUCUGAUAUACCACCACAUAAUGGAGUGUGAUUUUAGGGCAGCCUGUA